AUGGCUCGAUUAGCCCAGACUAAAUGCUGCAUCAUUUGCGGCCAUGAAGUCUUUCGGCCUAGACCGAGGGAUGAAGACAUUCCAGCCGCCUUGGCGUGGAGGCAAAGAUACCGCAUUGUUUACCAAGAUCAUCAGGGUUCCACGAGAUUAAGCGGUUUAGCUUCGCACUGUGAUUCUCGGGGGAAUUCUUGGUAUGCACCAUGGGAUCACGAAGAUACCCGCGCCUAUUCAGGAGUCGCCAACCUGCCGGAGCGUGAAUUACUCCGUGUGAUGGACUAUGAUUCUCCGUCUGGUGACCAUCUGCGGUAUGGAUUUCCUGCGCACGAUAAUUGCUGGACCCUGCUUCAGAAAGUUUACUCUCCAGCCUCUGUUCCCUACGACAUGCUCUUCAAUGUCUGUAAGUCGCUGGAGGGACCGCAGCCUGAUAGAAUUCUCGACUGGGGUCACGAUUAUGGGGGCGCAUUGCAGGUCACUUACGGUGACAGGACUGAAGGUCGCAGCGUGGACGACAGGCGCGAUGCUCCUCAAUUUUUCUACCAGGAUCCUUGUUCUUCUGAGGACAUCGAAGGCCUUCUUCGUCAGAAUUACGAACCACUGUUUUCAGGUGCUGAGAUCUCUCUAGAAACUAGCCCUUUGAAGGAUCCCUUGGCUUCAUUGCCGUCUGAUGUGCGCUUUAUAAUUGCAAAUCUGCUUCUAACAGCCGAUCUCCAUGCCUUGCGGCUCGCGUCGAGGGCAUUCUACUUCAUAUUUCACGAACAGUCCUAUUGGGCGCUGAGAUUCGCCCCCGGUGGAGAUCGAGAUUGGUUGCUUGAGGCGACAGGACUUGCGAAGUCUCAGAAAGUUGACUGGAGAUUACUCUACAGAACCACGAGUCAGUUGGAGCAGCUUCCACCAAGUCUUCGUAAUAGAUCGAGAAUUUGGAACCUCGCCAAGCUUAUCAAAGAUGCGACACCAUCUUCGCCGAUCGAAUCAAUUACAAGGCCCUCCAUAUUUGGCCCUGAUUGUGAGUUUGAUAUUUGGGCAGAAGUGACUUCCAGUCAACUUGAUACAGCACGAUCAUCGGAGGAUAGACCCAAAGUAAAGCUCCCAAGGCAAAAAUUCCAACUCCCUGGUCCAUUGGAAGAGAUCAAGGUGUACUUUAUCCGACUUGGUCCAGCUGAAUUCAUCUCCGGUAUCACCUUUUCUAUGACUUCUAACAGGAGUAGGCACAUAGGGUACAAAUCUGGAUCAAUGCGUAGGCUCAAGUUGCGCGAGGAUCCGAUUGGCUUCAAUCUUCAGCUCGAAUAUGUGGGCAUCCUUUCCAUUCAGGCGGUGUACUCCAAUGGAGAUAUAUCAGAAUGGCUCGGAGAUAGUUCUUGUAUGCCAACAACGAGGAGGCUUGUACUCCAUGACAAGAUCACUGCGGUUGAAGGCGUGUUUGAUGUCUGUACGAGCCUUCUAACAAUUUGUCGAACAAAGCUUACCAAUGACUUUCUUAGGGAUGCAAACUGA